CUUUUUUUCUUUCUUUCGAUUCAUUCUUGUUUCUCUCUCAAAUCUCAAUCACACUCUGUCUGGUUCGUUCAAUGAACUGAGAAAGCAAAAACAGAGCAGCAAAAGACUUACCCACCUUCCACAGGUCGAAGAGAAGCAAUCAAGCAAGGAAGAAAGAAAGAAAGAAAUAAAGAAUUCCCCAAUUCUCUCAAAUAACUUGGAGGAGGGUUUUGGUGUGGAGGAUAAUCAAAUGGAAGAGAACGAUUGAAUUUGAUCUCUGAUAGAUAAUAAGUUACUACUGAAGAAGAAAAAUGGUUCCGGCUGCCAAAGCUGAAAAAAAGGCUGGACUUGAUGCGGCUGCUUGGUUGUUCAAUGUAGUUACCUCUGUUGGAAUUAUAAUAGUCAAUAAAGCUCUUAUGGCUACUCAUGGGUUCAGUUUUGCUACAUCAUUAACUUGUCUCCAUUUUGUUACAACAACAUUGAUGACGGUUGUUCUUAGGUGGCUUGGUUACAUUCAGACUUCUCAUUUACCACUUUCAGAUUUGCUUAAAUUUGUCCUGUUUGCAAAUUUCUCAAUUGUGGGUAUGAAUGUUAGCUUGAUGUGGAACUCUGUAGGUUUCUACCAGAUUGCGAAGCUGAGUAUGAUACCUGUAUCGUGCUUAUUGGAAGUGGUUUUUGACAAGAUUCGUUACUCGAAGGAUACAAAGCUUAGUAUUAUGGUUGUUCUUCUCGGUGUUGCAGUUUGUACUGUUACCGAUGUCAGUGUUAAUACUAGAGGAUUAAUUGCUGCCUUUGUUGCUGUUUGGAGUACCGCUUUCCAGCAGUAUUAUGUACAUUUUCUUCAAAGGAAGUACUCGCUUACUUCUUUCAAUCUGCUGGGACAUACUGCACCGAUUCAGGCUGGAAGUUUGUUGAUUAUUGGCCCGUUUCUGGAUUAUUGGCUUACAAACAAGAGAGUUGAUGCAUUUGAGUACAACAUAUCAUCUGUGGUGCUUAUAGUCCUUUCGUGUAGUAUUGCAGUAGGGACGAAUCUAAGCCAAUUCAUAUGUAUUGGAAGAUUUACUGCUGUGUCAUUUCAAGUUCUUGGUCAUAUGAAGACAAUCAUUGUCUUGAUUCUGGGAUUCUUGUUGUUUGGAAAGGAAGGACUAACCGUACAAGUUGUGUUUGGGAUGGUGAUUGCUGUUGUGGGAAUGAUUUGGUAUGGGAAUGCCUCGUCAAAGCCCGGUGGGAAAGAACGAAAGAGCCAUUCGAUGUCAACUCGACAGCAGAAGAAACAACAUGAUUCUUCGGAAGUGGACGAUGAUAAAGUUUAAGUAAAUUAAAGCUUUUAGAGGUAUAGACAGCAGACUAUAUACCACUAUUGAUUUUUUCUGUGUAAUUUCUUAUAGACAUACAGAAUUGGCAUUUCUUGUAAUUUUGUUCCUAUAUGGUUGAUGAUUUCAUUGUUUUGCUAA